AUGAUUCAACUGGCGUCUGCUGCAGUGUCCUUCUUCUUUUUCUUUGCUACUGUACACCCCUUUUCUGGCCGCGAGGUUCCCAUCUCGAAUGGUUCUGGCUUUAUAAUAAGUAGUGAUGACCUGAUAGUGACAAAUGGCCAUGUGGUCGCCAACAAGCGUGGUGUUUGUGUCAAACUGACCAAUGUUGAGACUUACAACACCACAGUUCAGGAUGUGGACCAGGCUGCAGACAUCGCCACCAUCAAAAUCAAUGUUAAGAAUCCUCUACCAACAAUGCGUCUUGGCAAGUCAUCUGAUGUGCGUCAAGGUGAAUUUGUGGUUGCCAUGGGGAGCCCCUUUUCUAUUAAAAACACCAUCACAUCUGGAAUCGUCAGCUCUGCUCAAAGAGGCAGUAAAGAACUGGGUCUCUCCAACUCCAACAUGGACUACAUCCAGACGGACGCUACCAUAGAUGAUGGUGAGGUCAUCGGCAUUAAUACCAUGAAAGUGACAGCAGGGAUUUCCUUCGCUAUUCCCUCAGACAGAGUCCGUCUCUUCCUUGACCGAUCUGCAGACAAACAGAAGUCUUGGUUUGGAGAAUCGGGAUGGAAAAGGCGUUACAUUGGAGUGAUGAUGUUGACUUUGACCCCCAGGUGCCAAACACUUUUAUUACAAUUUUACAGGAGAGCAAAAUUCAUACAUUAUGGAAUCUGCAGACUUUUGUUAUAUACCACUAGAUUUGGCUCUUAGAAAUUCAAGUGCUGGAAUACCUGGAAAAUUGGCUUGUUCUGUUGAAAAGUGCUUAAUUUAUCAAGGAGAAUUUGUUUGCAAUUUUCACGCCCGAAAAAUAAAAAUGUUUGUGAAUUUUUGUGACAAUUUAAUGCAAAAAUACCCGCACAAUCUACCGUGAUUCCGACGCAGUGAUUUAAAUGAUAUGAGAAGUGGCCAAUCACAGUCAACCUUGUCUAGAUUUACAUUGAACGUAAGGGCAGGACAAAGGCCUUUCUGUGUUGCAGUGACAGAAAAAAACUACUUAAAAACAAAUGUUUUAAUGGAAAAAUGCUUUUGGGAUGUUUUCACUAUAUGUUAUUAGCAAGAGUAAUUAAACCACGGACAUACUUC